AUGGCACGAGCAGCUUGGAGGGAAGCGGAGGAGGCGGCGAUGGGAUGGGAAGAGGCGGAUGCUAGAGGCAGAGACAUGCUGCUUGCCCUGUCCAACGCAUCUUCUCGCAUCAAGGACUUCGAGCAAGCAAGGGGCCGGCUCGGGGUUCUUUCCAACGUGAAAGGGGCGGAGGAUAGGCUUCUGGUCAUGCUGGGAUCAAGCGUAGAACGGCUGAUAGUAGCUCUGCGAUCGAUCGUCGUUUCUUUGAAGACAAGCUGCUCGAAGAUGGAAAAAGCUGUGGAUGACGUCUUGACGGAGCUGGCGAAUGCGCGAAACGAAGAGAACAAAAAGUUGUUGGCCUGGGAAGCAGAUCGUGGACAACCGGUCUUAGCUGACAUGGCGGAAUGGCUCGAAGAUGCAUUGAACAACAUGAAGAGAGAGAAUGCUCUGCGUGAAAUGCUUGUAGACGGCAUCUCAUACACUGAGAAUGAUGGGAUCCGGAGGGCGAUCGAAUUGUGGAAUACAGAAGUCUUCUUCCACCGAGACGAAUUUCGUUUCAUUAUUUCCUUGCACUUAGCAGUCCCGAAGCCAAUGCAAGGUCUUCCAACACGUCCAGUGAAGUUUCUAUGGGGAGGUCGAGCAAACUCGAGGCAUCUUCUCUGCCGUCCGCUCGUUGGCGGCAAACUCUUCUUCUCAAGCUUUCACACGAUCUCUCGCUCACUCCAUGGAUGGAACCUGUCGAAAUCCAGAGCAAGAGGGAGAUAGAAUAUAUAAAUCGUCCCUUACAUCA